CUGAUCAAAGUUAUUAUCAUUUUUUAUUUAAAUUUUUUUUUUUUUUUGUCACCUCCCACCUAAUUUUGUCAACAUACCCCUUCAUCUUCUCAACAAAAUUCAGAUAGUAUAAAUUUGCAAUCAUCAAUUUAUCUCCUCGAUUUAAUAUUUCUUUUUCUUGAUUUCGUUUCUCGUGUUGGAUUUGUAAUUUUCUAGGGUUUGAAUUAUGGCGCUGCCAGGAGAAACGCCGUCGAACAAUCUAUAGGUUGGCAAUUUAGCCCCUGACGUUACCGAUGUCAAUCUAACUUCUUUGUUCCAGAAGUUAAAGAUGCACUACAAGGAUCCUUCUCUCGUGGCAAUACACUUAGGAUCGAAUACGCUAAGCCGGUUUGUGUUUUUGUUUUUCUAUUACUUCGUUGUUUGAUUCGAAUCAUUUUUUUUUUUUUGCUGUUCUUUAUUCGUUAAUUGUUUGUUGAUUCUUAUUAGUGAAAUUGUAAAAAAAAAAAAAAAAUUCAGAUAGUAUUUUAUUCUUCAAAUAUUCAAAGACUACUUCUCAUCUGGUGUUGUAAUUUCAGGUCAGCUUUUAUCUCAAUUUUUACCCUAAUCAACUCUCUUUCUUCUUCAUAAAUUAAUAUCGUUUUCUUGUGGGCUCAUCAUUUUUGUUCGGAAAAAAUUUGGCAUGAUAAUAGUUUUCGAUUCUUCUAGUACAAUCUUCACUCGCUAAAUAGGUUAAUUACCUUCAGUUAUUUAUACUUAUGUUAUUUGUUUAGUUUCCUUCUCUAUUAUAGCUUUUGUCCCCUCCCCCCUCGUGGUAAUUACUGUCUUGUGUUUGUGUAGCAUUCUAAAAUAUGACUAGAUAGUUCAUUUUCUUACUGUAGCUGAGUGUUGAAAUUUACGUAGUUUCUAGGGAGGAAGGUCUAUAUGUAAAUGUUAUCCUCAUGCUUGCAUAUGAUUUUAAUGUCUUUCUACUCUUUGAAAAUAUUAAAUUUGUGUAAAAGUAUGGCCGAGUAAGAAAGUAUGACACCCAGAGCCAUCAGAUAACUGGCCAAGAAGAAACAUAAUGCUAAUUAGUGAUUUUUGCUGAUGCUUUUUCUAUCCCGGCUCAUUAUGGAAGUUUAAAUAUAAGUCGUAUUUGACACAAGCGAUUUGCUAAAGAUGUUGAACAUAUCAUCGGAUGACAAGAUUCUGCCUACAACAUAUGGUGAACUCAGGCCGCCUCUAGGGAAGCAUUGUUUAAAGAUUGUGGAAUUCAAUUCUGUUCUACUAAACACUGGCAAUAAAGUUGCAAAGGAUGAAUUGAGCAGCUCUGGGAUAAUUGAGAGAAUCUUAGAUCUCUUUUUUGAGUUCUGAGCCCAAUACUAGUGGUAGGUGAUCCUCACUUUGAGUUCCAGGAGGUAGUUGUUUGGUUGUUCCACCACAUCCGGAUGUCUAUAUCUUCUUUAUUUUCUGGCAUUAUCCUUUGGACAGUUUGAAUAAAUUUGGGAUUCUUACUCAUGUUGUCUUACAAUCUUUGCACUCAUGUGACCAUAUUUUUGGGUUGUAAAUUAUACUCUUCCUAAUUUUAUAUUGAUAUAUGAAACUAUGACUUUAAGGCUUUACUUUCGCUACUUUUCUACUUCUAUUUUUCGUUCGCUUUCCUAUUCCUGAUGUGACUAUUUCUUGUAUUACCAGUAACUAAUGGCAAUUGACAUGGAAUUAGUGUGCGCAUUUUUGAUAUAUUGGACAUGCAAAUAUUUUUCUGUGCAUUUUUCUGAUGUUUUUAAGGUGCUAAUCAUCACGGUUUAUCAGUUUGUAUUUCAAGAACCAAAUAUGUCAGGACAAUAGAUAUAUGUAUUUGUGUGUGUGCCUAAAAUUCUUGUCUAUGAUUUUGAAUUGGUAUCCUAUUUUGCACAUACCCAGAAAAGUUAGGACCUUACACACGAUCUUUUUGGCUAUUAUUUCUUAUAUUGAUUUCAGUUUUGAUGGUUGUAUUUUAAUUUUAAUGGCACAAAAAUAUCAAGUAAAUAUCAUCAUCGUAUAAACUAUAAUUUUAUCACAAAAUUAUUUGCGCGGGUUAACUUAUCUAGUUCAAACAUACCUUAUUGACAAUUAUGGUUAUCCAAAGCUAAGAAAAAUGGUCAUUGGCGCCAAAGCAACCAGGGUACCUACCAACACCAUUAUAUAUCGUUCCUUCAAUUGCUCGUCCGACAUAUACACAAAUCUUCUUGAAGCCUAUACUCAAAACGGCGCUUUACAAUUAGGCAAAGCUUUACAUGCACACUUAAUCACCAAUGGAUUAGCUCGAAGAACCCAUUACGGUUCAAAGCUUAUUGCAUUUUAUACAGAAUGUAAACAAUUAUCCCAUGCACGUAAACUGUUCGACAAAAUUCCUAAAUCAGAUAUUCGUCGUUGGAUUGUCCUCAUCGGAGCCUGUGCUCGUCGCGGGUUUUACGAGGAAGCAAUGUGUGUUUUUACUGAAAUGCAAAGGGAAGGAAGGAGGCCAAAUAAGUUUGUUCUUCCUAGUGUCCUUAAAGCGUGUGGACGGUUUAGGGAUAGUCGAACAGGAGAGAUAUUGCAUGGCGUGAUUUUAAAGAAUGAGUUUGAAUUCGAUUCGUAUGUGGGUAGUGCGUUGGUGGAUAUGUAUUCGAGGUGUGGUAAAGUUGAGAAGGCAAAAAGGGUGUUUUAUGGGAGGGCGGAUAAAGAUUUGGUCGCGUUGAAUGCUUUGGUUUCGGGUUGUGUACAGUGUGCGAUGGUAAAAGAAGCGUUGGAUUUGGUUGAGGAAAUGAAAGUUCGAGGUGUGAAGCCUAAUGUUGUGACUUAUAAUACUCUGAUUGCAGGGUUUUCGCAAGAAGAUGAUCGAGUUAUGGUUUCUAGGGUUGUUGAGUUGAUGCAUGAUGAUGGACUCGAGCUCGAUGUAGUUUCUUGGACCAGUAUUGUUUCUGGGCUCGUGCGGAAUUUUCAUAAUAAGGAAGCUUUUGAUACCUUUAAGAGAAUGUUGGAUGUUGGGAUGUGUCCGAGUUCAGCUACGAUCAGUAGUAUAUUGCCUGCUUGUGCAACUGUGGUAGAUUUGAUGCAUGGUAAGGAGAUACACGGUUAUGCAAUAGUGAUGGGGAUUGAAAAAGAUGUAUUUGUGAGAAGUGCUCUCUUAGACAUGUAUGCAAAAUGUGGAUUUAUAUCUGAAGCAAAACACUUAUUUUCUAAGACGCGUGAAAGAAAUACAGUAACCUGGAAUUCAAUGAUAUUUGGCUACGCAAAUCAUGGGUAUUGCAGCGAGGCAAUUGAAUUAUUCGAUCAAAUGUUGAGAGGGGAAGAAGGGAAACCAGAUCACUUGACUUUCACGGCAUCUCUCACUGCCUGUAGUCAUGCUGGACUUGUGCAGUAUGGAGAAAGUUUGUUCAAACUGAUGCAGGAAAAGUAUGCGAUUAAGCCAAGAUUGGAGCAUUUCGCAUGUAUGGUGGAUCUUUUAGGGAGAGCAGGGAAACUCGACGAGGCUUAUGAUCUGAUUCAGAGCAUGUCAAUUGAACCAGAUUUAUUUGUUUGGGGAGCAUUAUUAGGGGCAUGCAGGCAGCACGGAAACAUGAAGUUAGCAGCGGUUGCAGCAGAACAAUUGGCUAAACUUGAACCUGAGAGUGCUGGAAGUAGUGUGUUGCUAUCAGGUUUGUAUGCUGAUGCAAGUAAGUGGGUAAAUGUCGCGAAGGUUAAAAGGGUGAUCAAGAAGAAGAAGCUGCAAAAGGUUCCUGGCUAUAGUUGGGUAGAAGUUGCAUAAGUUUUCCGAUGCCUUUAUUGUAACUCCUUCUCUGGUCUCUGUCUGAUGCCAGGUGUUCCCUCGUCCUAAGCAGUCACGUGUACAUGGGAAUUUCCCCCAAUACACUUGCACAAUCAGAAGCUUGCAAGAGGCAAUAGUUGAAAAAAAAGGUUAGGUGCAGAUUGCAUUGUGGUAUCUAUCAGCCACAUUAAGAGGAUGAAAAUUCUAGGCAUUUUUAACUCAGUUUUUCUCUGAGUGGGUUGAUAACACCACUGUAUUUUUAUUUCAAAUUCCUGAGGCAUUUAGCCCUAGGCCAGAAAUGAAACACAGGUCGAACGUGAUUAUUCAAAUUUUGUUGCAUGCUGGUUCAAAACGAUAAGAGCACACAACUAGGUCAUAUGCUCAGGAUGAAGGUGUGCCCUCAAGAUGGGAGGUGUAGAGGAAUCCCAAUGGUUGUUUUUGCUCCCUAGUCUCAACUGAUAAACCAAAUGGAAAAAGUGCUAAACCCAACAAAGAGGCAAGCAGAGGUCUAAUGUAUGCGAAGUUCGGGAGCUGAGUCGAGCCAUUACAAUCUAUAGAACAAGCUCGGUUUUGUCGAGGAAAUUAAAAACAAUACAAUGGCAAAGCGUUACAGUACAGAAAUCCUGUGCACUUUGGGAUCAAUAAGCAGUAGCACGAGCAAAAGAACUGGUCUAUAUGGAAUACAAUGAAAGGGCAGAAAAAUCCUGGAAGGCUCGUCCAGACAAAGAGAACGCCAUAGGCUCUCACUUCUACGGGUCACAAGUUCAAGCCAUGUAAUCACACUAACAUCAUGGUAGGCUGCUUAUGUUACAGCCCCUUGGAAAUUCCAGAAAUCGCGGAAAUUUGGGGAUUUGCAGGAUGGGGAGACCUGCAUUUUGGACAGGUAUUCAUCUAUGAUGCCCCACGUGAGGAACCAAAAUGAGGCUAUUAAUCUGUAUGCUUUUAGCAGAAACAUCCGUGGUGUAAAUAGAACAUAUAACAUCAUUUAUCGGGUCUCAAAACAAUAUAAUUUCUAAAAAUGCAAUAGCACUACAUUUCUUAUCCAUCUAAAGUGAAUAGGGAGAAGUUUUCUUUUCAACUACCAAAUUACUUCCUUCAACUCAUACUUGGACCUUAAUAUUAGUUAUUAGUACUAUAUUAAAAGAAAAAAUUACGCAAAAACACAAACCUAAUAAGUAUAAAUAAU